AUCUGUGGCACGCAUUAAUUCUGUUGCCAAGAACACCACACCCACACACAUGAACCUGCGUGCAAAAAGACAAUUCGAACAUACAAGAAUUUCUGGGAUUCAUAAGCAGUGCGGUGGAAGGUGCUGCUGCAUCGAUUACAAUGAGAUUCAUGACUUGUAUUCAUCCCCAAUAUUCGUUUCUGGUUCCGUAUAAAACCAAACAUAUCUUCACUGCUCUUCCGGAAAAAGGAACCGAUGGAAACGUCGGUGAAGACGAUCGGCGUAACACUUCAGCAGCAGCUUCACCUUCUGCUCGUUCACAGCUCGAUCUCUUGGAACAACUUACUACGUCUCCUAGUGAUUAUGGAAGUGAUCGAAACUAUGGGGAACUUACAAUCCGUGAGAAGCUCAUCGAGUUAGUAGGUGACAGGGAUGAUGAUUUUACUAUGCGAUUGGGCAAAAAGAUGAAGGUGCCAAAGCUUUUAACUGUUUCACAAAAGAGAAACAUAAGAAGGCAGUCUUAUUUAAAUGAAGUAUCACGGCGAAAUGAUUCAAAUUUCUUUGCCACAAUCGGAGCAUUCGUGCUUUUGCCCCCCAUAAUCAUAUUAGGCGUUGCAAUAGCAACUGGUUAUGUACAGCUUUUUCCUUGAUAUAUAGUUGAAAACGUGUAUAGUCUGGCAACUAUUUGACCCUAAUUCCGCCACAGGAUUUACCAUUUAAAGAUGGCAUAAACAUGUUUGUUUGUUUGUUUGCAUAGAGUUAUGUUUGCGCUUUUGUA